AACUCUGCAAGUGGUUUAGAAAUUAGAACGGCCCAAAAAUUGCACUAAUAGUUUUUGGGCAGAGAAAUUUAGUUUUCAUUAAUGGAAUUACGUGCAAAUAAUGUGAGAAAUAUGAAUGCGUGUUCUUAAUUGCAAACUACAAUAUUCGUAAUCUCCAUCAACUUCGCAGAGUGUUGCAAUGGGCAAAGAUCAAGAACUCUUGGAAGCGGCACGCAUCGGAAAUAUUGCUGUUGUAGGCAAAAUACUUGAGCAGAUUUCGAAACGUAACAGCGGGCCUUUCUCAAGUUUUCGGCGUAGCCCAUGCAUCAAUAGCCAAGAUGUUAAUGGCUACACGCCACUUCAUCAUGCUUGCUUAAAUGGUCAUGGCAAUAUCGUACGCCUUUUAUUGGCCCAUAAUGCUGCCCCUGAUAUGCCCGAUAUACGCGGUUCAACACCUCUGUAUUUGGCUGCUUGGGCAGGUCAUGACGAGAUUGUAAAACAACUCUUGCUUCACACACCAAAAGCAGCUAAUCCAAAUGCACAGACUAUCGACAAUGAAACAGCAUUGCACUGUGCCGCACAACAUGGACAUAACACCGUUCUAGCCAUUUUACUUGCCUAUGGUGCUGAUCCAACAGUUCGCAACAAUAGUUUUCAAACAGCAUUAGAUCUUGCCGCACAAUUCGGCCGUUUGCAGGCGGUACAAACAUUAAUACGCACACAUCCCGAAUUGUUAGCACCAUAUCGUUCAUCUGGCAGCAAAACUCCUACAACUUCAACCAUUGAAUCUACACCGUACACGAUUUCACCAUCGACACAUUUAUUUACACAUACUUGCUUGCAUUUAGCUAGUCGUAAUGGCCAUAAAAAAGUUGUCGAAGCGCUCUUAGCUGCUGGUGUCGAUGUCAACAUUAUGACAAACUCGGGUACGGCCUUGCAUGAGGCUGCACUUUGCGGUAAAAAAGCUGUGGUCAAUGUGCUGCUACAAGCCGGUGUUAAUCCAAAUGCUACCGAUGGCUCAGGUCAUACAGCACUAGAUUUGCUCAAGGACUAUCCACCACAUGUCACUUACGAAAUUGUAUGCGCAAUAAAAGAUUUUUAUAAAGACGCCUCGAAUGGUACCCAUUUUAAGCCAAUAAACGAGCUCAGCGACGGAGACGAUCAUGAGCGCAGUGACAGCUCCAUCUCGCCAGUGCCAAAUAUAGCCUUCGAACGAGGGCAAAACGACGCAAAAGUCAGUGCUAUUGCACACAAGGAAUUUUUGAUGCCAAAGACUGUGAAACCAAAUAGACUUUCUGUUUCGAUGAGUUCUUUAGAACAGACCAGCAAGCCUCAUUCGAAUUAUUUACCAAUGAAACCGAUUCUUUGGCAAAACUCUCAUACAGGGAUUGCGCCUCCAUUUUGCCAAGAUGGUCGCAAUGUUCUACCGCUAUUUUCACCCGUAGAGAAACAGCGUUCUCUGUGGAGUGUGCUUAAUAAUCAGCCUAGCACACGUAGUCCAAGUAGUCCGAGUAGGUAUGGUGGUCGUGCACAAAUGCCACACAAAGCAUACGAACAUGUUUCUUUGGCCAGAACCGGUUCAGUGCAUAAUCUCCACGUGCAUAAUACGAAACGUAUGUCUUUUCAUUGCAAAUAUUUCUUGACACUUAUUUUAAAAGUAUUCAUAUUAGGCGAUAUUAACGCCAACACCCGUACUCGUUGCGUGGAUGAGUAUGUAGAGAUGACUGACCCCAAUUCUUUUACACACUCCUCACCAAAUGUUGCAAGGGCAGCUAAUUUGCAGAAGUUGCAUUCUUCAAGCACGUACUGGUCUACACAGCGUCAGCGUUCUGUCGAUGGGUUUGUAAACGUGACUAAUUUGAACAAAAAUUGUUGCUCCUCGAAUAACACUACACCACCGAAAAAACCCAUACCAAGCCCACGUUCCAUAAGAACCAAUGACUAUGCCAAUAUUAAUCACAUUUUAACAACAUCAAAUUCAAGUAUUAAUUGCACGAAUGCGGCGGAAUCGUUAUCACCAACCAUGCCGCAAAAACCACAGGACCAAAGCCCACCACCACAGCCAUGUAAAGUAUCGCCCGUGAAAGAUGCGAACAAUAAUUGCCAUAAUAUUAACGAGAAGAAACACUCGCCCACACCCGAUUUUCCGCCACCAACGGUUUCUCAGGCGGAGCAUACAAUACUCGAAUUUAUGAGACCUACCAGCACUCAUAGCAAGCGUAAAUCAUUGGGCCUGAAACAACAACCGCACCCAGAUUUGGAAUCCUUCAUUGUGGACGCAAUAAAUCAAUUUGAGCUACCUGAUUCUCCGCUGAGUUCUCGUGUAUCGGAUUGUGUGGAGGAGUUUGUGGGCGAUGCACCUUUUGCUGGACUUUUUAAAGGUUCUACUUUGAAUUUGGCGAUGGAUAGUAAAGAAGAUGGCUUUUCCGUUCGUCGCGCAUCUAGUGGCCUACGCUCACCGAGUUUGGUACGCUCAAUAAAGCCACUACCACCAAAAAGAAACAUUGCUCAGUCGCAAAAAACGGUUGAUGCCGAAAAUUUCAAUGCUGCACAAGUGUGGGCAGAGAUUGAUACCAUACUAGAAAGUAUUGGCAAUGAGGUUAAUAAACAGUCGGAAAAAUUAAGCGAACUCAAUAAAACCAGCACCUUGAAUAAGGAGUCAUUGCAAAUACGUAGGCCAGCAGCUUUGUGUUUGGGUAGUAACGACGAUUGUGCAAACAAUUGGUGCCACUCGCCAAACACGCUUAUAUUCGGACAAAUACUCUACACAGUAUAUUAUCUGGGGUCCACAGUUAUACGUGAAUUGCACGGUACUACUUCCACACGAAAAUCCAUAUUAAAAUUUAAGCGAAAUGCCACUCCACUGCCAGUGGUCAAGGAGAGGGAAUCGAACUUAGUGAAGGAUUGCAAUAAUUUAACCAAAAUGCUCAAAGAGUCUAAUCAGGAUACGCGUCUAAAAGUUGGUCUUGCUGUGUCUUGUGGUGGUGUAAAGUUUUUAAACACUGACAAUAGCUCCACCAUUUGCACGCACGAUAUCGAAAAUAUCAAUUGUGUGUGUCAGGAUGCCGAAGACUUGCGGUAUUUUGCUUAUAUUACUAAAGAAGAAGAUAUGCAUUACUGCCAUGUUUUUAUGGUGGAUAAUUUGGAAUUAUCACACGAAAUAAUUUUGACAUUGGGUGAGGCGUUUGAAGUUGCAUAUCAGUUGGCGCUAAGUAAAGAAGAUGUAGCACCGAUUUCUAAUAAUUCGAGGUCUAUGGAAAAUAUUGCCGAAAUAUAGUUUGACUAUAAACUAACUACUAACUUUAAUUUCUAAUUCAAUUUCAUUUUGUAUUCAACUACUAGUCGUUGGUUUUUAAAAUUUCAAAUUGUAUUAAUGAAGGUAUUUAAAACCGCCGAGGUUUUGUUUAUCGCAUUUUCCACGAUUCUUGCAAAAUCGUGACGUUGCAUUACGAUUUUUGUUAAUUUUUAAGGUUUUAAUACAAACUUGUUAUUUAUGAAAACAAA